AUGGAGUUAAAAACACUUACAACAUCCCCCUCGAUAAAUGUUGUGAAAGUUUCCGUUGUGAAUGAACCUUCAACAACAGAGACAGCAAUCGUGAAGGCCAGGAAGAUGACAGCCGCCGUAGGAACACUGGCAACGGAGUGCAAGGAGAGCGAGUUGCGGGGAGACUGCCAAAACAGGCGAACGAUUGGACUCAAAGCAGCGGAAUAUAGACGAAGCCUUGCCUGGUAUCGGAGGCGCGUGAGAAUGUGUGCUGCAGGUGAUGACGAGGACGUGUGGAUGAUCUUGCAAGUCAUUGGGGAGAUAGAUGAUAGCUGCCAACAUGGUGCCAAUAUGAUGUGGGAAGCAACAAUGGGCAAAGAUCGAGUCGCAAGGGGAAAUACUUACGGCAAAAAUGCCUGUGUUCAACUGGAGAUGCAGCAGGCGCUAAUGGGCCAUAACCAAAGUCUUGGGCACAUGUUUCGAAUGCUACACGGAAGUAGAGAAUAUGAUGUUCAUACAAAUUACGGAGGACGAGACACGCUCACUGCGAUUGCCAAAAAUGUACACAUCUGUAUCAGUACAACAUCUUCUGCAGAUAGUGCACAGCCAUUCUCUUUCAACGCACAACAAAAACCGAUGGUUUUCCAGAUCAACUCGAUCUUCCAUGCCUGUGUCGUUGCACAACACUCCUCUACAGAGCUCCUAGUUUACUCGCGCGAAGUUGGUCAACUAGUCAUGAUCGCCUAUCCUAUGUCGUGCCGUGGGCAGCGCAUUGUGCCAGAGGGUGUUUUUGACUUUUUGCGCCGUUGCGGUCUUACAUGGGAGUGUUUUUGCGGACUGAUCUCUGGACAGCCAACACCCGCACGCUUCGCUGAUGAGUUCAUCUCGGGACACACUGUCGUGCGCUGCCAUCAUGUUGACAACCGCUGUGGCUUCUACCUGAAUAUUGACAGCAUUUAUCACACUGCACUACUGGAAUCUCGCUAUGAACACCUUCCAACUCUCUUGCGUGAACGUGCUCCAGACAUAGUAUCGCUGGCCACUGCCUUUCGCAGCGCUCCACGAGCUGAACUAGGAGAUGUUGCGCUAACAUUUGUCGGAUACUGCGGCUUCCAUGAGACAAUGUUUCCUGGUUAUCCUCAGCUUCGUGGUGGUCUUAGCCAUAUACCAAGAUUUGUCGGCAGAUCAUUCAUCACGCAGCGUGCACAUCGUCGUGAACGUUCAUAUGGUAGAAUAUCUUCCGUGUUACUAUACGAUAUAACAUUGAGCUCGACCCUUGGCAAGUGCCGGCAGAAAUGGGACAACACCACCGUGUCACCACCCAUGUUCCCUGCAUCCACCAAACGCCAAACCCCGACCUGA